AUGGCUGAAAUCGCUGUUACUGCCGUCAUCACUGUGCUGUGUGAGAAGCUGCUCUCUGGUGACCUGAUGAAGCUGGCUCGAUCUGAAGAAAUCGAUUCUCAGCUGAACAAAUGGAAGAAAACCUUACCCCUGAUCCAAGCCGUGCUUGGUGAUGCAAGCCAGAAACACAUAACAGACAGAGCUGUUCGAUUGUGGGUGAACGAUCUCCAGGACUUGGCUUACGACAUAGACGAUGUACUUGAUGAUUUGGCCACGGAGGCUCUGCGACGCAAGUUGAAUCAAGAAGCUCAUGCCAGCACCAGUACUGGUAAGGUAUUGAAAUUCUUCCCAAAUUGUUGUACAAAUUUCACUCCUCGCAACUUCAUGUAUGGUCGGAAGAUGAGUUCUAAGCUAGAUGAGAUCACUGCCAAAUUGCGUGAUCUUGUUGACCAGAAAAAUGAUUUGGGUUUGAAUGUGAAUGUUGAAAGGUCAAAUAUAAGAGAGAAACCAUUGGAGCAGACGUCACUGGUUGAUGAGUCCAAAAUCAUGGGUCGGGAAGGGGAUAAAGAGGCAUUGCUGGGGACGUUGUUGGGAAAUGAAGGAUGUGACCAGAAUGUGAGCAUAGUGUCGAUAGUUGGAAUGGGUGGGAUUGGCAAAACCACUCUUGCGAAACUCUUAUACAACGAGGAGAAAGUGAAGGAUCACUUUGAACUCAUGGCAUGGGUUUGUGUUUCUGAAGAGUUUGAUGUAUUUAACAUUAGCAAGGCAAUCUUCCAAGCUGUAACUGGUAAAAACGAAGACUUUGCUAAUCUCAAUCUGCUUCACGUGGCCUUCAAAGAAAAACUUUCAAAGAAGAGGUUCUUACUUGUUCUAGACGAUGUUUGGAACGAAGACCACAGUAAGUGGGAACUUCUUCAAAGCCCUCUUCUUGUAGGGGCAUAUGGAAGUAAGAUUAUUGUCACAACAAGGAGUACCAAGGUUGCAUUGGUGAUGGACUCGGAACUAUCUUAUGGUCUGGACGUUUUGUCAAGUGAAGAUGCACUAUCAUUAUUUGCUCAACAGGCUUUAGGUGAAAAAAACUUUGACAAACAUCCAACACUUAAGUUGCUUGGUGAAGGUAUUGUAAAAAAAUGUGGUAGACUACCAUUGGCUUUGAAAGCACUUGGGAGGGUUUUGAAGACUGAUAGAAAUAGUGAUGAAUGGGAGAAAUUGUUGAAGAGUGAGGUAUGGAAUAUAAAGGAUGCAAGAGGGAUUCUUCCGGCUCUUAAACUAAGCUACUAUCAUCUUCCUCCACAUUUGAAACUGUUGUUUGCAUACUCCUCCUUGUUUCCCAAGGACUAUGUAUUUGUCAAGAAUAAAUUAGUCCUGCUCUGGAUGGCAGAGGGAUUUUUGUCCCAAUCAAAGUCAAUGGAGAGUUUAGGUCAUCAGUAUUUUGAAGAGCUACAGUCAAGGUCCUUUUUUCAACAUUCAACGAAUGAUGAGUUACUGUAUACAAUGCAUGACCUGAUAAACGACUUGGCCACAAGUGUUGCAGGAGAGUUUUUCUGUAGAUUGGAUGGUGAGAUGAAUGUAUCGGACAGGAAUGAAAAUUUUGAGAAGUUCCGUCACUUUUCACUAAUAGGUCCACAAUUUGGAUCAUAUGGAAAUUUUAAUGAAUUACAAAGAGCUAAACGCUUGCGAACGUUCUUACCAUUGCCAGGUGGUUGGUUAGACAGUGGUCAUGUUGAAUUACUUCACAAACUACAGUUCCUAAGGGUGCUAAGACUAACUAGAAUCACAGAGGUGCCACAAUCGAUUGGUAGUCUCAAGCAUCUUCGGUAUCUUAAUUUUUCUUAUAGUGGAAUCAGAUGUUUGCCAGAACAAGUGGGUGACCUGUAUAAUCUACAGAGCUUGUUGCUUCAAAAUUGUUUUAUGUUAUCUAGCUUACCAGUAAGUUUUGCAAAGCUAAUAAACCUGCGACAUCUUGACACAAGUGAUACUCCGAAAUUGAACAAGAUGCCCUUAGGUAUUGGUGGGUUGACAAGUCUACAAACUCUACCCAAAGUCACUGUUAAAGAAGCUAACGGGUUCAAAAUAUCUGAUCUUAAGGAAUUAUCGGAUCUUCAAGGUCGGCUUUCCAUUAUUGGGCUGGAGAAAGUGAUAGAUCCAAUACAAGCAAAGGAUGCCAAGUUAUAUCAAAAGAAGGGUCUUGAAGUUUUGGAGAUGGAAUGGAGUGAUAAUGUGUUUGAUGAUUCUCGGGAUGAGACGAUUGAAUAUGAAGUACUUGAAGAACUAAGGCCUCCUCCUAAGUUAAAAAACCUCAAGAUUUUGAAUAACAAGGGAACGAGAUUUCCUAGUUGGGUCGGGGAUCCCACGUUUGAUCACUUAACAGAGCUUACAUUAUCUGGGUGUAGAAGUACACAUAUAAGAGUUGGACAUCUGAAGUCUCUUAAGAAAUUGGUUGUUGAAAGCAUGAAUGAGGUGAAGACUGUGGGUUUUGAGUUACUUGCACCUACUAAUUCGAAUCUUGGGAUUGCAUUUCCAUCACUUGAAGUUCUGAAGUUUUAUGAUAUGCAAGGUUGGCAGAGAUGGUCAAUUAAUAGUGCCAAUGAACAUGGAACUCCUAGUUCUUUUCCUCGUCUUCAUGAGAUCUCUUUAAUAAGUUGUCCAGAACUAUCUCAAGUGUCAAUCGGAUUGAUACCUUCACUUCGGUUUUUACGUAUAGAAGAAUGUUCCGAAGCAGUGUUAAGAAACAUGGUUGGUUUGUCCUCGUCACUUGUUGAACUAAAAAUGGUGAAUGUUAUAGGAUUUACUCAACUACAUGGAGAAGAUUUAAUGCAUCUUGGGGAAGUUAAACAUCUAUUUAUUUAUAGAUGUGACGAAUUGAGAUACUUAUGGGAACGAGAAUCCGAAGCAUGCAGAAGUCUUGUGAGUUUACAGAUCUUAGAAGUACGAGAUUGUAAAAAGUUAGUUUCAUCAGCCGAGAACGAGGUUAAUUGUGGGGUUAGAAUGGGAUCUCUUAAACAAGUGUUGUUUAUUAACUGUGGCAAACUAGAGAAUUACAAUUGUCCAAAUAGUGUUGAGAAUUUAGUGAUCAGGGAUUGUGAUUCACUGACAUCUUUGACCUUCUCAACAGUGCAUGAGCACCUGUUUGGCCUUACAUCUCUUGAAAUCAGAUUUUGCAAGAAUCUAAAGUCAUUUCCACAUGAGUAUUUUCAAAGUCUCGCAUCUUUGGAAGAACUGGAGAUACAUGAUUGUCCAAGUAUUGAUUACCCCUUUCCUUGUGGUUUGUGGCCUCCAAAUUUACACAAACUAACGAUAGGAUGCUUAAAAAAGCCCAUGUCAGAGUGGGGUCCGCAGAAUUUUCCAGCCACAUUACAUGAAUUAUACUUGCAUGGAAAAAAUUCAGGAGUGGUUUCAUUUGCAGUGGCAGAAGAUGUGAAGAAUAAUAUUAUUACUACUCCAUCAUCAUCUUUUCUUCUUCCACCAUCUCUUGUUUCUCUAACACUUUGGAAGUUUACAGAUGUGGAAUCAUUUUCAGAGGUCUUACAACACCUCCCAUGCCUUAAAAGACUUGAUAUUUUGUCAUGCCCUAAGAUUACAGAUCUUAACACAACUUUCGACCAAUCAAAUUUGACAAUAAGGGUGGUUUAG